AUGAAGUUGGCAGUGACUCUUGCCUUCUGCUUUAUUGUGAAAGUUGCCAAAGGAAACACCGUUCUUCAGAGUUCCUGCCAAUUGGACCUAGAAACAACUGUGUUAAAGAGUUUGGAACUAUUGAAAAACGCUCUCGCGAGAGGUGAGUGUCUACCGACAUGUCCAGAUGGGUGGCUGUAUAACAAGGGUUCAUGUUACCUCUAUUCAAAUGAACCGUUGACUUUUCCAGCCGCUCAGAGAGUCUGUGAAGACAACGGCAGUCACCUUGUCGACAUCAAUGAUGAAGCAGAAAACACAUUUCUCAAGGACAUUGCUCGUCAAAUGACACCUCGAAACUGGUGGACAGGUCUAACGGACAUGGCAAACGAAGGUGAAUGGAUCUGGAGCGAUAGCUCUGAACCCACAUUUACUGAUUGGAUUACCGGCGAACCGGACGGACACGGAGACUGUGUGUUUUUACGUCACGGUUCUCAAGAUUACAAGUGGAGUGACAAUCUGUGUGGAAAUACACAAUAUUUCCGGAUUCUCAUGGAAAGUAUCACCUACCUGAAAACAUUCACAAAUUACCUGGGUCAUGAGGCCUCUCCUAAUCGGAGUAACCCUUACGAGACUCAAGUGUCAUGCAGUAAUUGA